CAAAAUAACAGACAAAAGCAAAGGUAGCGCACAGGAUCCGAAAAGCAAAUAGCAAACUCAACUACUGAGAAGCAGAGAGUUGAGUCCCAAUAACUGUUAUUCAAAUGUCUGCAGCUUUACUUUCAUCGGCUCCGCUCUCUCCCAUUUCCGCUCCUUCCGAAUCCACUCGGUUCCUUCUUCCAUCUCACUUAAAGAACCGCAGGAGGCUGCAACCGAGUUCUUUGACUCGGUACCGACCCGGUCAGAAUUUGGGAACUUCUCGUCCUUUUACUCUUCGGUGCUCCUCAACUAUGCACCAAUCUUCAGCCCCUUCUUCGUGUUCCCAGUUGCAGGAUAGUCUAUUCUAUAGCAGAGCCUUUUGGGUUAGCAGAUCAAUAAUUGCAUGGAAUGUGGGUGCUGGAGAUGGUGAAUGUUAUUUAUACGCUAGUAAAAAUGCUGCAUUAUGUGUUGCUGAUGGUGAAAUUCAAGGCCAUGAUGUGAAAAUCAAACUUGAACGGACAAAUUAUGGACUUCCACAGCAGGUAGUUGAAAAAUUUCCUCAUAUUCGAGAUUAUACAGCAUUUGAAGUCCCUGCAACUCUGAACUGCCAAAGUUUAGUCAAGUGCCAAUUAGCUGUUGGUAUCUUCAAUUCUGAUGGAAAAUGUGCAAGUGCUACUGGAUUGCAGUUACCUGGUAUUCUUGAUGAGUUAUUCUCCUAUACCGGGCCCCUUGGUGCUGUUUUUGAUACUGAAGCUGUCUCUCUCUACCUUUGGGCACCAACUGCUCAAGAGGUGCGAGCUCUCAUUUAUAAGAGUCCAGCAGAGGCUGACCCAGUAGAAAUUGUCCAGCUCAAGGAGCUAAAUGGCGUUUGGAGUGUUAAGGGGAUACGGCAUUGGGAGGGCUGCUACUAUGUUUAUGAAGUGUCUGUUUACCAUCCUAGCACCUUGCGGAUUGAGAAAUGUGUGAGCAAUGAUCCAUAUGCCAGAGGUCUCUCUGCUGAUGGCAAGCGGACAUUAUUAGUUAAUCUUGAUUCUGAUGAUGUAAAACCUGAAGGAUGGGAUAAUCUACAAGAUGAGAAGCCAAAUCUUCUUUCCUUUUCCGAUAUCAGCCUAUAUGAGCUGCAUGUUAGAGAUUUCAGUGCCAAUGACCCUACUGUGCCUCAUGAAUUUCAGGGUGGUUAUCUUGCCUUCACAUUGCAGGACUCAGCUGGUGUCAAACAUUUGAAAAGAUUAUCAAGUGCUGGUAUCACUCAUGUCCAUCUGCUGCCAACCUUUCAAUUUGCUGGUGUCGAAGAUGAGAAACAUAAAUGGAAGCAUGUAGAUAUCGAGAAGCUCAACUCUUUUCCACCAGAUUCUGAGGAGCAGCAGGCUCUUAUCACAGCCAUCCAAAAUGAAGAUGGGUAUAAUUGGGGGUAUAAUCCUGUUCUUUGGGGAGUUCCAAAGGGAAGUUACGCUAGUAAUGCAAAUGGUCCUUGUCGUAUUAUUGAGUUUCGGAAAAUGGUACAGGCACUUAAUCGUAUUGGUCUACGUGUUGUAUCGGAUGUUGUUUACAAUCAUAUAAAUGCAAGUGGUCACUUUGAUGACUUCUCUGUUCUAGACAAGAUUGUUCCAGGUUACUAUCUAAGAAGAAAUGUUGAUGGUGGUAUUGAAAAUAGCACAUGCGUAAACAAUACUGCCAGUGAGCAUUUCAUGGUUGAGCGCUUAAUUCUUGACGACCUCAAGUGCUGGGCAGUUCAUUAUAAGAUUGAUGGAUUUCGGUUUGACCUGAUGGGUCAUAUAAUGAAGCGUACAAUGGUGAAGGCAAAGUCAUUGCUGAAUAGCUUGUCGAAAGAUAAAAAUGGCGUAGAUGGACCAAGUAUUUAUAUAUAUGGUGAAGGAUGGGAUUUUGGUGAAGUGGCAAACAGUGGACGUGGGAUAAAUGCAUCGCAAUUCAACCUUUUUGGAUCUGGAAUUGGGAGCUUCAAUGAUCGCAUUCGGGAUGCUCUGCUAGGUGGAUCACCUUUUGGUCAUCCUCUACACCAAGGUUUUGUAACUGGCCUUUAUUUGGAGCCUAAUGGUCAUGAUCUUGGUGAUAAAGCCAAUGUAGAACGUAUGCUUGCUGUGUCGAAGGAUCACAUUCAGGUUGGAAUGGCUGCAAACUUAAAGGAUUUUGUGCUAACUAACUGUGAUGGUGAAGAGGUGAAAGGAUCUGAAGUGUUAUUGCAUGAUAGGAAGCCAGUUGGAUAUGCUUCUUCUCCCGUUGAAACAGUUAACUAUGUGUCUGCUCAUGACAAUGAGACACUGUUCGACAUCAUUAGUCUUAAGACUCCAAAGGACAUUUCUGUGGAGGAGAGAUGCAGGAUGAACCACUUAGCGACCAGUGUAAUAGCUCUGUCUCAGGGAAUACCUUUUUUCCAUUCUGGAGAUGAAAUGCUGCGCUCAAAAUCAAUAGACCGUGAUUCUUACAAUUCCGGUGAUUGGUUCAACAGGCUGGAUUUUAGCUACAACUCUAACAACUGGGGUGUUGGUCUCCCUCCGAAAGAGAAGAAUGAAUGGAACUGGCCACUAAUCAAACCCAGACUAGCAGAUCCAUCCUACAAGCCUCAGAAAAGUCAUAUCCUUGCAGCUGUUGAAAAUUUUUCGAACCUUAUGCAAAUAAGAUACUCCUCACCACUCUUCCGGCUAAGGACGGCCAAUUCUAUCCAGGAAAGAGUACGAUUUCAUAAUACUGGUCCGUCGUGGAUUCCUGGUCUUAUAGUAAUGAGCAUUGAAGAUGGCCAUCAGGGAGUUCCAGGGCUUUCUCAAUUGGAUCCAAUUUAUUCCUAUAUAGUUGUCAUCAUUAAUCCCGGCCCGACUGAUGUCUCAUUUGCCAAUCCUGCACUAAGAGCAAGAUCUCUUCAAUUGCAUCCAAUACAGAUGAACUCAACUGAUGAUGUUGUUAAGAACUCAACAUAUGAUGCAUCCUCGGGUUGCUUUAAUGUGCCUGCCCGGACAACUUCUGUGUUUGUUGAACCUCGGUAAAAUAUGGUUUUUUUCAUCAUGAAAGGGAGAACCUGGUUCAGUGAGUUAAGCUUGUACAAAAAGCCUUCUGCUUAUUCAAAGUUGUACAUGAAUUGUACUUGUUAUGUUCAGUUCUAGAAAAUGGCCACGGAGGAUCAAGAAAUAAGUAAUAGGCUUAUGGUCGGACAUAUAUAGACAAUUUAGGAUCCGGGAGCAAUGGAAGGGAGAAAGGUUCAGUUAGAAGAAAUAUACCACAAAAAUGAUCCCAUUUUUCUGAUUAUUUAACAGGGAAGUAACCAGAAAGAUGAUUAGUCUUUUAAGUUGAUGAUCAGAGAGAAUUGCUAUGUCAAAUAUUUGUGUAAUACUGGUGUCUUAAAUAAAAUAUUUGUUUUUCUUGUUGUUUAAGUACCUUUUUUUUGGUGA